AUGAGCCAACUGGGCACCGUCUACGCCACCAAGCGAAGGCGACGCAACGGGAAAAGCCUGAAGCCGCCGCCCAAGGAUGGCGUCACUAAGAGCAAUCCAUCAAAGCGGCAUCGGGAGCGCCUCAAUGCCGAACUGGAUCUGCUUGCCUCGCUGCUGCCCUUCGAGCAGAACAUACUUAGCAAACUGGAUCGACUGAGCAUACUAAGGCUGUCCGUUAGUUAUUUAAGAACCAAAAGUUAUUUUCAAGUUGUUAUGCAUAAGGAUAAGGAGGAGAACGGUGUCCUGCCGCACAUACACGCACAUGAUGGCUACAGGACGCGCGAGUUGGGCGCCUUCGAACAUGGCCUGCUGGAUGGUGAUAUGUUCCUGCAGGCUCUAAAUGGAUUUCUAAUGAUACUGACAUGCGAAGGCGAGGUCUUCUUCGCCACGCACAGCAUCGAGAGCUAUUUGGGUUUUCAUCAGUCGGAUAUUGUGCAUCAGUCGGUUUACGAGCUGGUCCACUCGGAGGAUCGCGAGGAGCUGCAGCGCCAGCUGCUGUGGAACAGCUUUUUGCCCGCGGACAUGUCCAGCAUGCAGCUGUCGGAAACCCUGGCACCCGAUAAGGCGCUCUAUUUGGAGCGCAGCUUUACGGUGCGCUUCCGCUGCCUGUUGGACAACACAUCCGGCUUCCUGCGCUUGGACAUACGCGGCCGCAUUAAGAUUUUGCACGGCCAGAAUCGGAAGACGGAGGAGCCGCCACUGGCGCUAUUCGCCUACUGCACGCCAUUUGGACCGCCCAGUUUGCUGGAGAUACCGCACAAGGAGAACAUGUUCAAGUCAAAGCACAAGCUGGACUUUUCUCUCGUCUCCAUGGAUCAGCGGGGAAAACACAUACUGGGCUAUGCGGAUGCCGAGCUGGUCAACAUGGGUGGCUACGAUCUCGUUCACUAUGAUGACUUGGCCUACGUUGCGAGCGCCCACCAGGAGCUGUUAAAGACGGGCGCCUCGGGCAUGAUCGCCUAUCGCUAUCAGAAGAAGGACGGCGAGUGGCAGUGGCUGCAGACCAGCUCCCGGCUGGUUUAUAAGAAUUCGAAGCCGGACUUUGUCAUAUGCACGCAUCGCCAGCUAAUGGAUGAGGAGGGUCAUGAUUUGCUCGGCAAACGCACCAUGGACUUUAAGGUCAGCUAUCUGGACACUGGCCUGGCCUCCACAUAUUUCUCUGAAGCAGAUCAGUUGGUGGUGCCGCCGACCAGCGCCAGUGUCUCGCCCACAGCGCACGCGCUGCCGCCGCCGGUAACGCCAACGAGACCCAAUCGCCGCUACAAAACGCAGUUGCGCGACUUUUUGUCCACGUGCCGCAGCAAGCGCAAGCUGCAGCAGCAGCAGCAACAACAGCUGCAGGCACAGCAAUCCUCGCCGCUGGCUCAGGUCGGUUCGCCGGCGCCGGCGGUCGUCGAAUACCUGCCCGAUCCGGCUGCUGCUGUGGCCGCCGCCUACUCUAAUCUGAAUCCCAUGUACACUACAUCGCCGUAUGCCACCGCUGCGGACAAUCUGUACAUGGGCAGCUCCAUGCCGGCCAAUGCUUUCUAUCCGGUCAGCGAGAAUCUCUUCCAUCAGUACCGGCUGCAGGGCGCAGUUGGCGUCGGCGGCUACUAUACGGAUUACCCACACACCGGUGGACCCGCCUCGGCGUAUGUGGCCAAUGGAUUUCUCUCGUAUGAUGGUUAUGCCAUUGCCUCCAAGGCGCAAGACGACAAGUGGCAGGAGACGGGCAAAUACUACAGUGGCUACAGCAGCGGCUACGGCAGUCCUACGUCUACGCCACAGCAGAUACCCCUUAAGACGCCAAAAUCCUCGCCGCAGGUCAUGGAGGUCAUCUCGUGCUCCUCGGAUGGGCCCUCGCCUGUUGCCGUUGCCGGAGUCGGUGCCACGCCCAAUGGCAGCAACGUUACGCCCAAAGUGGAACUGGCUGCGGCUACGGCAGCCGCCGCCGGCCAGGAUCCCUAUGAGCGUCAGACGGUGCUCAUGUGGGGCACAACACAGUCGAGCGGUGUGCCGCUAAACAGUCGCAUUACAGCCCGCGCUGGCGGCUCACCCCAACGCACCACGCCCCUCACCAAUGGGCUGAGCUAUGCGCACAACAACAACAACAAUGAGCACGAGCCCGCCGCGGCAGCCAAGUGGAAUGGCAACAAGGAGUUGACAGGAAAGUCAACCAGCGCCGGCACCCCCGAGAGCUAUCAGCUGCAGCAUGACGACUCCGGCCUCUACUCGGCCUCUUCGCACACCACUUCACCUCAGCAACAACAACAGCAGCAGCAACAACAGCCACAUUCCUCUCGUGGCCUCGGCUCCAAUGUUAGCAGCUCCAGCAAUUCCAUAACGCACCCAGUCAGCGGCACUGAGCACCCAACGUUGCAGCCCAGCCAUCAGCAACAGCAGCAUCAGCAGCAGCAGCACCAUCACCAGCAUCAACCACAACCACAUCCCCAUCCACAUCAUCAUCACCACCAUCACCAUCACCACCAUAUCCUAAUCAACACCCAACUGCAGCAGCAGCAGCAACAACAUCUGCAGCAACAACAACAACAGCUCGUUGGCUACACGCUGCACCACCAUCCGCUGGACUCGCCGCCCCAUUGCCGCACACCGCCCACGCUGCCCGCUGUGAGCAGCCUGCUGAGUGGAGCUACUUCAACCGAUUCCUCGCCCUAUCAACAGCUGGCAAUUGUCUCCUCAGCAGCGGCAACAGUAUCAGCGCCGCCGCCGCCGCCGCUCAUCAUUUGCGCGGAUGAAUCGCUGCAGGCGCUCAACAGCAGCAGCAACGGCAGCAGCGAGGCGCACAUCAGCUCCACUUCGAGCAGCGCGGCACGUGGCACACGCAAAUCAGCUAAGGUGCAACAGCAGCAACAUCAGCAGCAACAGCAGCAACAACAGCCAAAUUACCAGCAACAUCACGCACAACAUCUGCUCUAUCCGGCCAACAUAACGGCGCACACGGCUCUCGCCUAUGCCCCGCCGCCGUCUGGCGCCUAUAUUGAUGGCAGUCCGCUGCUCUCCUUCUCGGAGGUGACCAACACGCUGCUGAACCAGUAGACAACAGUAGAUCACACACAAACACACACUCACACACAGAAACCAUGUUCAACAGUUUUGCCAAAAUGUGGACUAUGACUAUCGUAUCUUCCAUAAUCUCAACACAAACACAAACAAUAAGAGCACACCAGAAGAACAGAAAUGCAUCAGAGCAGUUCAUAGGUAUAAAUUUAAUAGCUUCAAUGAAAGAGCCGUGCUUGAAUGUAUUCGAAAUGAAUAAGUUAACGUUACGAGCAGACACUCGUUGCUUUUUAAAAGCAACUCGCGGCCACUCGUUGCUUUGUUAGCUAACACUCUGUAAGUUCAAGAAUGAGCUACUCGCUGAGACGUAAAUGGGACGAGCCAGCCACAACUAUGGGUGGUAACUCGUUGCUUUUCGAACGCAACGAGAAAUCGUACUGAUAGUCAUUGUUUUAUUAAUGUAGAGAGAGCCUUUUUGUGUUCGCUGCUUUAUUGACGAAAAGUCUCAUUAAUUCCUUUUCAAAUAAGAUGUAAGGAUUAAUUGAUCAGCUAAAUGAGCUCCUUGAGUGGGAGAGAUUUAUGGUUUAGCAAGAGACUCGUAGCAAGCGUAACGAAUUCAGGAUAUAUCUGUCCAUCCAUGGUCCGAUAUCGAUCCCUAAGCUCGUUCCAGACCCACUCCAACUACAUAGGUGUCCCCAAGAACUACAUUUAUCUACCUCCACUUUAGUCUAACUUUCUACAUAAUCAUGCAUUGUCCCUUGGUAUACAGGCCACUAAACAUAGCUUAAAAGCACAUUAUGGAAAGAAUACAUUUAUAGCAAGGCUCUACGUCGAAAAUAAUCUCAAUGUAAUAGUAUUAUUUAAAAUCAAAUGUUUUAAACCAAUUCAGUGAGGCGUCUGUUAAGUUAAUCCUGAGCAACACAACAAUAUUUACGAAAAAUAUAUUUCUAUUUAUUUUACUGUGAUAAUUUAUAUAAACAUUUGUACACGUAUUUAACACUAGGCAGGCAAUUUGAACCAUAUCCGUAAUACCCAUUAUUUCCGUUAAUUGCAAAAUCGAGCGAAAUUAUGGCAAAAGAGAAUACAUUUUAAGCCUGCCCAAAGUACAUAAACUAAUAUUAUUCAGCUUCAGUUGUAGUUACAACCAAAGAUUUUUAUUUCUAAUAUAAAAAUACAAAUAUCGACUAAUUGUAGCAUAUGAACCAAACCUAAAUCUUGGUUUCGGAUAAUUGCGCCAAAUUUUUAGUUACAUUUUUCAGGCACUUGUAAGACGGCAUUGAAUAGAAGAAGAAAUGAAAAACCACAUAAAAAGAAUUGCAAUUAAUUGCUUAAGUAGUCGUAAGAUUAAACAUAACUAAAUACAUAC